GUGACGCGACCGCGGCCUGGCGCCGGUGAGGUAUUUCCCGUCACCGGAAGUUCAGGAUUGUCCGCCGCUGCACCAGCCCCGAGGCCCCGGCUUCGGGGAAGUACAACAGGCCGAGGCCCCGGCUCUCGGGUAUACAACGACAGGCCGUGGCCUCAGCUCCAGGGAAGAAGGAAAGGCCCAGGCCCCGGUCCCAGCUCUGGGGAAGAGGGAAAGGCACAGGUCCCGGGGGAGAACGACAGGCUGAGGCCCCUGCUGCGGAGAGAAGUUUGGAAUUGAGUCCGGCCCGGAUGACUCGGGAACGCCGUUAAGCCGCAGGGAGAGUAGCUGAGGGCUGGCAACAGCUCCAAGAAUUGGGGAGCCCCGAGCUGGAGAUUGGUGAGAGUUUUAAUCUGCCACGUCCAUGUCUAAUAUGCUUCAUUGGUGCUGUUUUAUGAAUAGCAGAUUCUGGAGCCUGAGCCAUAAUUGAACUGCUGACUGAGUCUGACUUGCUGUGUCCAGGCCAGUCUUUCAUUAUCCAAGAGCUCAUCCAGUCAGAGCCGCCAAAAUAGCUGGGCCAGGCAAGAAGCGACGAAAUCCUGAGCCAGACCCCAUUAGUGACGCAAGCAGAGCUCCCGUGUUGGCCAAGAAACUGAAAAUGGCCAGCACGGCUGAGAACAGGAAGAAACUGGGUUGGAAUCAGGAGGAAACCACAAACAAGAAAAAACUGAAGGACAAAGUCAACCAAGAGAACAAGGAUGGGAAGACUACUGUCGGUAGUGAGCCUAAGAAAGAUUUGCCAAGCAAUGAGGAUGCAUUGCAAGGGAUAGACAGUAACGAGCUGUUCAUCGACUGGAAACAGAAUGCAGAUGAAGUCAUAGUGAAGCUGAAGUCAGGAGAGGGGAACCUGAAAGUUGAUGAGGUUGAUGCAGCUUUCACAGACACUGACUGUGUGGUUACACUGCCAGAUGGAUGCCGGUGGAGUUGUCACUUCUAUGAAGAGAUUGAGAGUUCAUGCAGCAAACUGCAAUACAAGGAGAAGGGGAACUUCCUCCAGCUCAUCAUGCCAAAGAAGAUCCCUCUGCGCACAUGGCCAUCCCUCAUGAAGAAGGGUAAAGAACAGACUGCGGUGAUUCUGCCCAGAAAUACUGGGAAGGAGAAGACUUUGUUAAGCGAAGAAGUCACUGAAGAGGUGAAACCAGGAGAAUCUUCGGACAGCACUGAGAAGAGGAAAACAAAAGCUGAGCGCAGGCUGAAACGUCCAAUCAAUGUGAAAGUGUCGGGAAAGAUGGAAUCGCCUCCUGAACCUGGGGUGAAGCGUACCAUCCAGUGCAAAGAUCCAGACAACACUCCAGUCAUCCCUGAACCAGUUCCAACACAAACUGUUUUAGUGAAGCCCCCAGAAGGAGUGGAUGCUGCUUUUCUUGAGAAGGACAUAACAUCUGCAGUAUGUCCAAAAAGCCUUGCAAGUGAACUGCGUACCAGUGAUGCUGAUGGAGGUCUGACUGAUCCUUUGGUUGAGAAUAAAGUGAAGAGAAAUGGUCGUGGUCCCCAGGGAGACUGGCACAUGGAGGAUAAAAGUGGUAUGGCAAAUACUGUCCGAGCUUCGGCUGAAAAAGCUGAGAUCGAUGUGACUGAGAAAGAGAAACUACUGCCCAAGAACCAGGAUGUCAAUACGGUAACAGAUGGCUUUCUCUGUGAAGCUAUGGCAAAGUCUUCAAAUGUAGGUGUUCCUAUGGAACAGAUAGUCAGCGCAGCAGAGUUUGAAACUCGGGAACCUGCUGGAGACAGACUUGGGCUUUCUGAAAUAGCAUUGGAGGAACCUCUGGCUCAGAGUCCUUCUCUGCACAGGAACUUGGUUGCAACAUCUUUUGGGAAGCAGACAAACUCUGAACAAAUAACUGGGGAAACGCUCCCAAUGGAAAGACCUCUGGAGGAUGCUGCAGUACUGCCUAGCUCAGCUGUGGGGAAUACCAGUCAGAAAAAGGAGGAUGCCAAGGAUCAAGUUGAAGUUCCAGAUAGUUAUGUGAAUCUGAGCUUUGUUAAGUAUGACUCCUAUGAGAAAGGCACAGAUGCUAUGGUGGUGCAUGUGUAUGUGAAGGAGAUCUGCAAAUCUGUAUCCAAGGUGCUUUUCCGAGAACAGGAUUUCACACUCAUUUUUCAAACAAGCCAUGAGCCAUUUCUGCGUAUCCAUCCUGACUGUGGACCAAACACAAUCUUCAAAUGGCAGGUUAAAGUUCGGACUUGUCAAAUGAACCAUUGGUCAGAUCAUAAAAACCAGUGCAGAGCAGAGAAUAUUGGUUGUCCCUUUAUAAUCAGCGUUCCCGAGUCCCGGCUCACGUAUUCCAGACUCUCUCAGCUGCUGGAGGGAUACUCAAGGUAUUCAGUAAACGUGUUCCAGCCCCCAUUCCAGCCAGGCCGGAUCUCACCAGACCCACCACCUUGUAAAAUGGAGAAUGUACAGCCCAGCCCCGGAACGACUACCAGCUCAGAGAUUGGCGAUGGAAAGAUACCGUUGGAGAUUCAGGAGAGAGAUUUCAGGCCUGUGCACCGUACUCAUUUAACCAGCUCCGUUUCUGAGCCCCUGCUGGCUUCUGCUUUCUCAAAGGGCAUGAGUAUGCCAGGUAGAGACAAAGAUUCCAUUCACAGCUACGACUCUGGAUUCUCAGAAAUGCGACCACUGUCCCAAGAAGAUACUGGAUGUGAGAAGGAAACCGCUUAUGAGAAAGCUCCAAAGCCUGAAGCUGCAAUCCCUGGUUACCAGCAGCCAGUUGAGUCUGUGCGCUUCCACACGCCACAGUUUUACAUCAAAAUUAUUGAUGCUUCAAACAAAGAGCAGAAAAUGGAAGAUAAAGGUGAUGCUCCAUUGGAGCUGCCAGACAGUGUCACUCUGGCAAUGGUAUGGAAAAACAAUGAGCGACAGAAGGAGUAUGUGCUAGUGGAAUCCAAGGAGUUGGAGUAUAUUGAAGAUCCCAGUUCAGCCAAUGAGGCGGCCAGAGCUGGCUACUUCACACUGGAACAGUGCCUAAAUCUUUUCACCAAACCUGAGGUGCUGGCGCCUGAGGAAGCUUGGUAA